GGAUGCUUAUCUAUUGACUUUUUUUUUGCUAAUAAAAAGAUUAAAAAUAGUGAAUCAGAGAUCUAGCCAUCUCUGUAUGAAGGUGAAGAACAAUGGGUGAUGGUAGCCUCAAGAAAAGCAAGCUUUCAUGGCCCAAAACGUUGGUCAAGAAAUGGCUCAACAUCAAGAGCAAAUCAGAAAACUUUCACGCAGACGACUUGGACAGAGGUGGAGGAGAUUGGAGGAACAAUGUCAUUGAAAGAGAGGAAGCAUGCUCUGUCCACAAAAGCAAAACUGAGACUCCGAGCAAAAGGAACAGCGGAAGAGCCAGACGAAACAAACUCGAUGUCGAUCCACCACUUGAUCAUCUUAGGGUUUUUACUGCUACAUGGAAUGUCGCCGGAAAAUCUCCGCCGAGUAAUUUAAAUCUCGAUGAUUGGCUUCACACUUCUCCUCCUUCCGACAUUUACGUUCUUGGCUUCCAAGAGAUCGUUCCUUUGAACGCCGGCAACGUUUUAGGCACCGAGGACAACGGACCCGCCAGGAAAUGGGUCUCUCUCAUCAGGAGAACCUUGAACAGCCUUCCCGGCGGAAACUGCCGGACUCCUUCUCCAGUUCCCCACCCGGUCGCCGAGCUCGACUCUGACUUCGAAGGUGACUCAGCCGCUGGGGCUAACUCGUUAUUCUACCAUCGGAGCAGGAGCAUGAGGAUGGACAUGUCUGCAUCAUCCUUGCCACCGCAGUUUGACCGGAGAUUCAGCGUCUGUGACCGUUUCAUGCUGGGCGACAGACCUGACGACUUCUACGACCAGAGCUUUAGGUAUUGCUCCUCUGAGGACGAGCCAGAUUCUCCUUCUCAUGAUCACUAUUCCCCUGUCUCGAGGACUGGAUCCUUUGUGGCUGACGACAGAGAUAAGGGAAGAGACAAGUCUAAGUACUGUUUAGUGGCCAGUAAGCAGAUGGUUGGGAUAUUCUUAACCGUUUGGGUCAAGAGUGAUCUAAGGGACAGUGUCAAGAACCUCAAAGUGUCCUGUGUUGGCAGAGGCUUGAUGGGUUAUCUUGGAAACAAGGGCUCCAUUUCGAUCAGCAUGUCCGUUCACCAGACAAGCUUCUGCUUUGUCUGCAGCCACUUGACGUCUGGUCAGAAAGAAGGCGACGAGCUAAGAAGAAACUCUGAUGUUUUGGAGAUUCUAAGGAAAACCAGAUUUCCUAGAGUUAACAAUGCAGGCGACGACAAGUCUCCUCAGACGAUUUUAGAACACGAUCGGGUAAUCUGGCUUGGAGACUUGAACUACCGUAUAGCUCUUUCUUACCGGUCUGCAAAAGCUCUUGUCGAGAUGAGAAAUUGGAGUGCCUUGCUUGAGAAAGACCAGCUACGGAUAGAACAACGAAAAGGCUGUGUCUUUGAAGGAUGGAACGAAGGGACUAUAUAUUUUCCACCCACUUACAAAUACUCUAACAAUUCAGAUAUAUAUGCUGGCGAUGAUCGGCUUCCCAAGGCCAAGAGACGGACUCCAGCAUGGUGUGAUCGCAUACUCUGGUACGGAAGUGGUAUUAAUCAGCUGUCAUAUGUUCGCGGGGAAUCAAGAUUCUCUGAUCACAGACCAGUCUACAGUUUGUUCUCAGUAGAGAUUGAAUCGGUAUAUAGAAACCGUAUCAAGAAAAGCUCCAGUUACUCCAGCUCUAGGAUAGAAGUUGAGGAACUUCUUCCUCAACGGUAUGGAUAUUCUGAGCUUAACCCGUACUGAUUCAUCAUCGGUCCAGAAUCCAUUUGAAGACAGAUCCCGAGGGAGGAUUCAAUGUUUCUAAAGCCUUAACAAAAAGAAAACUGGAUUUUUCAGGGGUUGGAGAUAUGUGAAUCAAAGAGUCAUUGAAAGUUAGAUCUUGGUCAAGAUCUCUGGUGCCUAAGCACAGGAGAAGAUUCGAGUGAAAACAGAAGAGAGUAUAUCUUUAGGAUUAUAGAGAAGUGACCAUUUUUUUUGGUUUUCAAACCAUUAGUUUCUUCCCAUAGAUUAGUAGGAUUCGUCAAACUUGUGUAUAGUUUGUAAAUAUAAUGGAUUCUUUGUA